AUGGCUCAUCCACCAACACAAGACGAGAAAGACUUGGAAGUUGAUCAUGUCGAAGUUGUGAACCAACACACCGGUGCGGUUGAUAAUAAAUAUCUGACUCACGCAGAAGACGAUGCGGCUAAGAUUCUCCGUGAAGUUGGUUUGGUGGAGUUCACUGUAGAUGAAGAUAGAAGAGUACUUAGAAAACUCGACAUAUGGGUUUGCAUACCUAUGUUCAUUACCUAUACCUUGGUUCACCUCGACAAAAGCGCGCUGUCUUAUGGUGUAGUCUUCAAUUUGAAGAAGGACGCCAACCUUGUAGGACAGGAGUAUGCCUGGCUAGGCUCAGGUGUCUACGCAAUGCAGUUAAUCGUUCAGCCACUGUCCGCAUUUGCCUUGGUCAAACUUCCCAUCGCUUGGUGGGUUGUUGGAAACAUCUUCUGUUGGGGGGUCUGUCUGUGCUGUAUGGCUGCAGCCCACAACUUUGCCGGCCUCAUGAUUACGCGUCUGUUAUUGGGGGGCUUCGAGGCUACAAUCAGUCCUUCAUUCAUUGCAAUGACCCAGUUAUUCUGGAGGAGAAGAGAGCAAACUUAUCGAAAUACAGCUUGGUUGAUGUCAAGCUCUGUGGCUGGUAUCAUUGGACCUGUUCUGUCAUACGCCAUCGGACAUGUCCAUUCUGGAAUCAAACCAUGGCAAGGUAUAUUCCUCUUUCUAGGAUGUAUCACCCUGGCUUGUUGUCCUUUGAUCUUUUGGAUGAUGCCCAAUGAUAUCUCAAGUGCUCGAUUCCUCACCCCCAAAGAGAAGGCCAUUGCGGUACAAAGGUUAAGAGACAAUAAUACUGGUACCAAGACCUCGACAUGGAAAUGGGAGCAAGUGAGGGAAGCCUUGGUAGACCCCAAAACUUGGGGAUGGAGCAUUAUGCUUGCCUGUAUGGCUAUACCUAGUUCUGGAAUCGGAACGUUCAAUACAUUGAUUACCAAAGGGUUUGGAUUCUCUUCCUUUGACUCCAUCCUCUUUCAAAUCCCUGCCAGUGUUUUGACAUUGACCUUCCUCAUUGCCGGAACAUGGGUUAUGAAUAAAAUUCGGCUUCGAUCUCCUGUUGUCGCAGUUUUCGUCCUCUUCCCUAUUGCAGGUGCAGCAUCCUUGCUAUACAUCCCAAGGACUAAUGCUCACGCUUUGUUGGGCGCGUACUAUGUGAUCAUGUUGUACACCCCUCUUCAACCUUUGGUUUACUCUUGGGCUAACAUGAACUGUGCCGGUACAACUAAACAACGUACAGUAGGAGCUAUAAUGUUCAUUUUCCAAUGUGCCGGCAACAUUGCUGGUCCUCAAGUUUAUCUUGAGGAAGAAGCUCCAAUCUAUAGAACUGGUCUAUACGCAGACAUGGCCUGCUGGUGCUUACUCUUCACGAUGAUCGUGACUAUGGCGCUUUAUCUUAAAUAUCUGAAUCGUCGACAAAUGAAGAAGCGAGAAAGGAUGGGUAGAGUAGUCAACCUGAGGGAUAUGUCUAUCAUGACCUUAGAAGAGGCUGCAGCUUACAAGCGAGAACUUGCUGCUGCGGGGGAAAGUGAGGAUAUCAACUCUCACGCGUUCGACGAUUUAACCGACUUCCAAAACCCAGAUUUCCAAUAUGUGUUGUAG